AUGGCAAGUCUGAAACGCGUUCUCGACAGAUCCACGACGGGCACGUCCGUCGCAGAGAUCUUCUCUUCGGCCAUCCAGGGGAAGUCUAUACUUAUUACGGGCAUCAAGAAAGGUGGCCUAGGCGGCGAGAUGGUCGAGAUCCUAAGCGCCCACUCUCCAAAGGUGCUCGUUCUCGCGAGUCGCACGCCCUCCAAGAUGUCUGAAAUCAUCGAGGAGUGUAAGCCCAAGUCGCCCAGCACGACCUAUGUUCCAAUUGCACUGGAUUUAAGUUCUCAAAAGUCGGUCCGCGAGGCGGCGGCAUCGAUUCUGUCCAAUGCUCAGAUCCAGCAAAUCGACCUCGUGUUCAACAAUGCUGCCAUCAUGUCAAUCCCGGAGCGCCAACUAAGCUCUGAAGGCAUCGAAAUGCAAUUUGCAAUCAACCACAUUGGACACUUCCUUUUCACCAAUCUGAUCAUGCCCAAGAUCGUUGCAGCGGCCAAGUCGAAUGUCAAGGGAACCACACGGAUCAUCAAUGUCUCGUCCCGUGGAGCUGUCUACAGCCCCGUCCGCUUUUCAGACAUCAACAUUGACAAGACCAACGAAAGCUUACCGCAGUCGGAGCAACCUGCGUACGACGCCCUUGCCCAAACUGGCCAGACUGUCGACCCGAAUGAUAGUUAUAAUCCUCCAAUUGCAUACGGACAGUCUAAGACUGCGCACGUCCUCUUCUCGUUGGCACUUACCUCGAGGCUGUACGAAAAGUACGGUAUCCUCAGCUUCGGGUUGCACCCAGGUGCUAUCUUGACGGAGCUAAGUCGCCAUCUUGAGCGGGAAGAGUUCGCUUCGGUGGCUGAGAAAUUCAAAAGCCUAUUUGUAACCCUCGAUCAGGGGUGCGCCACAUCGCUGAGGGCCGGGCUGGAUUAUAGCUUGGGUCCAGCAAAUUACAAGACUGAUGGCAAGGAAUCUAUCUGGCCGACGCAGAUAUCGCAGAAGCUCCUGCCUGGGCGGGUGAUCCGAAGAUGGCAGAGCGGUUGUGGGAGCUCAGUGAGAAGCUGGUAG